GCGUCCCCCGUCUGCACCUAGCCAGGCCACUGACCUGGAGAGAGGCCAAAGAGCACCCAGCACCCUCCGCCCGCAGGAGCUUCCUCAGGGCACACAGCCGCAAUUGUCUCCAGAGCCAGGUUUGUGGAACAAGACUGGGAACAAAACCUGGCCAGCUCCUAGGAGAGCGAGCUGCUCUUCUUUCCCAGGACCCCUUCCUCCAGCUUCCCGAGGUCUGCCUCCAGAAUCAAGCCUCUCCCUAGAGGAACGGAAGGCAAGGCGCUCUUCUUGGCUCGAGACCACCUGGCCCGUUAAGGAAAGACAGAUGUGGGAACAGGCACACUGGGCCUGCUCAGAGAUUGGCUUCUGAGAACCAGAGAGAUCUGCAAAUUCCCCAAUGACCACCUUUCCUCCAGUUCCUGUGACGAGUAAAAAGCUUACAGUCUUAGCCAGACAGAAGCUGCCAUGCUCUUCAGUAACAGUUCCAAGGACUCAGUUGAUCAAAGAGAAAGAUGACAUAGACCAUUACCUGGAGCAGAAUUUCAAAGGCCUGUCGAAGGAAGAGGUUGCUGCGCACAGGAACUCCUACAAGAAGAGCGUCUGUGUGGACAUGCUGCGCGACGGCUACCACAAGUCCUUCACAGAGCUCUUCGCGCUGAUGGAGCAGUGGGAUGCUCUGCGGCAUGCUGCUGAGGUGCGGUCCCUCUUCUGGCUGCAGAGGCCGCUGGAGGAGCAGCCGGACAAGCUGGACAAUUUCUACCACUACCUGACCAGGGCCGAGACCGCGGAGAGACAAGGAUACUAUGAAGAAGUGUAUAACAACUUGUACGCUCUGGCCUGUUACUUUGAUAAUUCUGAGGACAAGUGGGUGAGAAAUCACUUCUAUGGACGGUGUUUUAAUGUUGCUCAGCGGAUCAAAGCUGACGGUGGGAAGAAAGAAGCAGAAGCGCAUGCCCACAUGGGUCUUCUUUUCGAGGAAGAAGGUGAGCUUCUGGAAGCUGCCCAGCAUUAUGAAGCAUUCCAUGAACUGACACAGGGACGGAUAUGGAAGGAUGAGACGGGUCAACUUCUCAACUUGCUGGCCUGUGAAAGUCUCGUGAGGACCUACAGAUUGCUGUCAGACAGAAUGCUGGAAAACAAAGAAUACAAACAGGCCAUCAAAAUUCUAAUAAAAGCUUCUGAAAUAGCCAAAGAAGGAAAUGACAGAAGCAUGGAAGGAGAAGCUGCCCUCUACCUGGGCUCAGCCCACUUGGCUGCUGGAGAAUAUGAAACUGCACUCACAGUGCUUCACAGGUACUGUGAGAUCGCCACCAACAUGGAUGAUGACCUUAGCCUGGGGAGAGCCUACGAGGUGAUCGCCAAGGUCCUGCAGAGCCAAGGCGAGAUGACAGAGGCAAUUAAAUACCUGGAAAAGGUUGUGAAAAUCGCAAGGAACAACUUCCAGAGCCUCGACGUGAUCCGAGCGUCCACGAUGCUUGGUGACAUCCACAAUGAAAGAGGGCAGUACAGCAAGGCUUCUGAGUACUUCCAGCAAGCUUUCCGUACCACAGUGGAGCUCAUGAAAACGGAGCUGAUGGAUGAAACCAAAGUUCACUUCGGGAUAGCGAGAGCCCACCAGAUGAUGGUGAUGAUGAAGAACUACAUAGAAUCUGCAGACAUGGACAGCCUCAACUGCCUGCUGUCCUGGAAGGAGAGUAGAACUCAAAUCAAAUACGACCCGAUUCUGGGAAUGACUAGAAGAGACACAGAAGAUGAUAUAUAUCAAUACCCAGAUAAUCAGGAAGAAAAAUCAAGAUCUCCAGAUAAUCAAUGAAAGGAAACUUAGGUGGCACCACAUCAAGGCAAGAAGAAAUUUAGCACAUAGUCUUAGACUUCACUCCAUAGGACCAUGUAAGAAGUGAUAGAGUCAUAAAAAAGAUUAGGGUUAUUUGUUGAAUUUUGUGCUGCAGUAACUAUGGCAAGUUUAUGAAGAUGAAGAACAGCUCACCUGGUUAGAAAGAUCAACAGUUAUACAUGAAAUAAACUCUAAAAUGUCUCCUUUUACCCACUACUCCACAUGAAGUCAUGGCAUCCAAGAAUCAAAUUUUAAUUAUUCCUGAUUGUAAAAUAUUUCCAAGUUAAGGAAACCAUUCAUGCUGCACAAACACAUGAUCAUAUUUGUUAAAAUUCCAGGGAAAUGUCCCAGCGUGCACAAAGGGUCCUGAGCAGUCCAUGGUGUGCUUGAACUGCUACUCAGUCUGCUUGAUGUGUGGAAACUUAGAGUUAUGGCACGUUUAGCUGAUAGGACACAACCUAGCAUACAUAGUGUGUUUGAGACAGUCAGGGAAACCCUUACAGCUCAGGGGCCAUUGCUAGUGUGCUUGAGCUGAAAGGAUGUGGCUGGAAUGGUUACCUCUAAAACAGAUGGUCCCCCUCAGGUGAAUCCAUAAAGGUAGUGCAUCACCAAGAAGAAAGACUUUACUCCCUGUCAACGCAGUCAGGGUAUACUCUGGCUCUGAUUCCUUUCCUGGUUUGCAAUUGCAGAGCAGAGGCUAAUCCUGGAAUGAUGCCGUGUUGAGAGGUGCUCAGGUAUACCUACUAUCAGCCCAAGAGUGAAUCAAUUCAGCAACAACGUGAUAAAGAUGAUCCAAUGCCCUCGCCAAAAAGCCUAGAUUAGGUGUGUUAGGGGAAAGGGUUCUUCUGGGUUGUGAGCCAACUUCCACAACAUCCCAGUCCUGGACUGUCUCUUGUUUCUCACUCUAAAAUUAGAAUUAAAAUGUGAUUCCUUCUUUAA